AUGACUAUGGGACCACUGCGUUAUGCUGUUUUAUGUUCACCUUUUAGGCUCCAGCUUCAGACGGGCUCUGGUUACGCUCUCUAUUAUGCAAGUUUCUACAGCCACCGUAGAGUGAAUGUGUACGCAUGCGCCCAUCUCAAUUCAACAAUGGCGGCCUCCUUUGGUGUGUGUAGGUUACACAUAAAGGGUUUAGGAGGGCUUGUUAGAUUCCGUCUUAGAGUGGAACCUCAAACGAAAAGAAGAGUCGCUACAACUACAUCAGCAGUCAAAGUCCAGACAGGGAACAAGACAGCGAAAGCCGCAAAGGAGAGUAAAUCAUUUCAAGCAAUCCAGGAGGAGAGAAGAGAACGAGCUGAGAGAUUGGUCUUGAUUAGCUGCCCGGCUAAGAUCAACGAAAAUACAUUUUUAGAUUACCUGUCUAAACAUGGGACAAUCAACAAGCAUUUCUUCAACAAUAGCUACGGAACAUGUGCAGUGGUGGAAUUCUCCAGCCGAGAGAGCAUUGCCUCAUUGAAGGAGUGCACUAACAUACCAGCUGUCCAACAUGAAGCUGCAGUGCCUUUCAAAUCCUGUCUGCUUUCAUUGAAAUGGACUGGGCCAGGCAGUCAGUCGGGCAAUCAUCCUGUGCCGAAUUUCCAUGAGCAGUCCGCACCAUCCAUUCCUGACAUCAUCCAGCUGCUCUCUGAACAGGACAGCAUAGAUCAGCAAAUGCAAUGUCUGACAGAGGCCUUACAGCUCACAGACAAGAACAUUAGUAUGCGGUUUCUGGUCUGUUCUCUGCUCAGAGACAUAGCUGCAGCAUAUUUCCCAGAAUGCAUCAUCAGGCCUUUUGGUUCCACUGUCAACAGUUUUGGCAAACUUGGCUGUGACCUCGACAUGUUUCUGGACCUCGACGGCAUCUAUGCACCAGGCCAGAGAACGGGCUCAGGAAUGUCUCUGGAGUACCAGGUGAAGCGAGGGGCAUCAGAGCGGGUUGUGACCCAGAGUAUCCUCUCAGUCAUUGGGGAAUGUGUGGACCAGUUCGGCCCUGAAUGUGUAGGGGUCCAGAAAAUUCUCCAAGCUUGAUGUCCUCUUGUCCGCUUUGCUCACUAACCCUCUGGCUUUCAGUGUGACCUCACUGCCAAUAACAGGGUGGUGAUGAAGAGUUCCGAAAUGCUGUUUCUGUACGGGCAGCUGGACCCUCGUGUUCGGCAACUGAUGUUCAGCGUACGGUGCUGGGCUCGAGUUCAUAGCAUCAAUAACAGUAUUCCGGGACCAUGGAUCACCAAUUUCUCUUUAACAGUCAUGGUAUUGUUCUUCCUUCAGCUGAGGAGUCCUCCCAUAUUGUCCACACUGGACCAACUGAAGGAGCUGGCAGGACCAGCAGAGAAGUGUGUCAUUGAGGAGAAUGACUGCACUAUUGUCAGUGACCUCAACAAGAUUACACUGCAGAAUAACACGGACACAUUAGUGAAAAUAUUGCAGGAGUUCUUUGAGUUUUAUGGCAAUUUUUCCUUCAAGGCAUCAGUCAAUAUAAGGAAGGGAAAAGAGCAGAUCAAACUAGAAACAGCUGCUUUGCACAUCCAGAACCCAUUUGAAACUACUCUAAAUAUUAGCAAGACUGUUAACGCUACACAGCUCGAACGUUUUGUGGGACUUUGUCGAGAAAGCGAAUGGCUUCUCCAGCAGAGAGAAGUUCUUAACAGAAGUUCGAGCCAAUCAGCUGAAUCAGUCUCACCGUGGGGGUUUACUGCCCUUCUCCUUCCUUCAGUCACUUCAGGAGCAGAGGUGAAAAGUCGCAGGAAGAGAAAACUGGAACUGGCUAGUACAAGGAUAAAGAACCUGUUAGACUCUCUGAAGAUUAAAGGUGGUGAAACUGCAAAGAAAGGAAGUGCUAACCCUAGGAGGUGAUAUGCUCAGUUUAACAGGGGGAAACAGUUCUGGAGGGUCAGUAAUUAAGAACGUCUUAAGAUUUUACAUAUUUAAAUGCUCAGAGGAAAUAAUGAGAGGUUGAUAUAUUUCUACAUUUGGAGUCAGGUUUUGAUAUAGUUAACUUUCUGAGCUGGAUUGGCAGUGUGACUAACAUUCAAACUUACUCGGUACGCUGUGAUGAGAAGUUAUGGUGCAAUUUUCCUCUAAAAAACUAAGACUUCCCCUAAAAGUAUUUUGCAUGAAAGGAAAACUUUGUAGAUAACAUGAUAUAACAUGGGAGGCAGAGGUCCGCUACAGUCUUUGACUCUUUGAAAAUGGAGCUUGGUGGUUGUGCUGAUCUGAUAACAGCAAUCAUUACAGUUUUCAUAGCAGUGAAGCAGAACCUCUGAACACUAAACAGCUUACAUAAAACAGAAGUGAAGUUUUGAUUUAGUUAGAUCACAUACAGUACAUGUACAGACUCAAUUCCUUUCUUCUUUGCCAUACCAAAACUGUGGCCUAAUGACUGAAUAAAUCAUUAUGUAAAAGCAGAGGUCAAGGUUAUCACAUCAGUAUGUGGUCAGAAGUACAAAAUAUAAUUUAAGUUUACUGUCAAACAGUGUACAUAACAAAUGUUUUUUUAUAUUAAAUUAAAAAACAAAGAUAUUAUAAUCAACCCAGUAUGGUUUGUUCCAUGUUAAAUGUUGUUGGGUGACUUCUUUUGCAAUCUUUCAGGGAAAUGUAGUAAACAAUAUUGAUGACUCUUCCUGCACUUCACUGAUUUGUCUAAUCAGAUGCUCUCUGGAAUGAGGUUGUCUCUACCACUUAUACCACCUGUGACCAACUAGCAACCUUCAUAUCAGGAUUCAUGGCUAUGACGUAACUUAAGCCUAAUGGGCUAUUUAAAAAUAAAAGGAUAAAACAAACCCUUCAAUAGGAAACAAUAUGAAAAGUAUCUGUGCUUGUCAAGCAAUUUCACAGGGUGUUUAAGAAGUAUUUCAUUCAGGCAGGCUAGUGUGAAAAAAUUCACUCUGCUCAUUGAAGGAUCACUCAUGAAUGGAUGGAAGAUGACUGAGGUUUGUGUGGGAACUGAGAAGAGCUACAAAGCAGGGAGCUUUUUUAUAGGAAGGCAGGAAACAGACUCUGAGAAGAUGGAGAGAAGUUGAAGAAUAUUGACAGAUGAAGAGGAAAUAGUAAAGGUGUUUUGAGACUGUAUCACAUAACAAGCACUACAAAGGAAGGAAAAUGAUAGUGGGAGAGGAUGAAAGAGUGUAAAGUCUCCUGGGAGCACUGGUUAAGAGUAGGAGUGUGCACAGCGGUUUUACCACUUAACUUGAUAAGGUCACAGAGAAGUUGAACCCAUGCCUCUCAACCUCACAACUUCCACUCUGAGGAAGAGAAAAACUACUGAGUUGAUUUUGAACUUUAGCCAUUCUACAAGAAGAUGAGGAAGGUCAUAGGGUCUUGGACAGGAAGAGGAAGAAAUAGAAGAGUGGGCCAAAUACUCAAACCAAAUCCCUAAGCAUAUUUACAGGUGAAAUACCACCCCAAGCUGCCCUAUGGUGGAUUUAUCCAAACAGCUGAAUGGCUUUGGGAUAUAAUGAGCUUAUAUGUGUGUAGCAUUAAUCUGUUGAUCAAUCUCUUUAUACCUCAUAAGCAUGCCUAAAGUAAAAGUAUUCACAAUGACAGGUUGAGAAGUAUAGUGAACCUAGAUACAAAAGUUGUGCCUCCCACAAGUUGUUGAUUCAUUGUUGGAGUAUUUCUGUGUAAUAUUGUUAAAGUACCAAAUAGUCUGUAGAGUGUUGAGAAAAGGCUAAAGCUGAUGAUCAUCUGAGGUGGUGGACUGUUUUCUUUGCUCAGUUCUUGGCAUUGCAAGACAUAAUAAUGAUGUGAUUAGGGUCACUAAAUUGUAACUGUUUCCAGAACUUAACUUGGAUAUUGGCCUAAUUCUGCCCUGCAUGCAUGAUUUGUUAUUCUUUGUUAUCAUAAGAAGUUCCUAACUGGUUAGUGGGCCCCACACCUUGCUGGCAAUGACCUCAAUUGCUGAUUGUGGUAGGUAUCUACAGGAUAUUGUCUUUUUAUUCCAUCUUCCUCAUUGUGUAUGUAUUGCUCCAGGCAGGGGCAUAGGAAUCAUUUGGAAAGAAAAUGGGGGGUAUGCAUUAAAAUAUGGGCCUUUGGGAAGUCAGUCAUAUCCAGCGUUUUAUUUUUUCAUACACUGACGCUGGACCUACUUGUUUCAGUAAAGUUCUACUACGAUCUGAGAAGCUAACUUCAAAAGUAAACAUUUGAACAUAUAAACCAUUAUUUUGGUUCUCCCAGAGAACAUUCUGUGUGUAUGUUUGGUCUUUGAGAGAGUCGACUAGUAGAGGCUUCCGCUGGGUCUAUUACUUGUAACUUACGUUACCAUUUUUCCUUCAUACUGUUUCCAAGCAAAUUAAAUUCCUUAAUAUAUAAUGAUUGUCUAGUGAAGUGAGUAUUGAUACGACCCCUAGCUCUGAUCCAGAUGUGUUUUUUUUUUUUUUUUUUAAUGCUAAGAGUUGUCCUUUGUUCAUAUUGUCCAACUGUUCUCAGUAGUACCCUUGGAGUAUGUUUGUCUUUGAGUAUGUAUAAAAUGUAUACUUUCAUUCUUUUUCUCUCCUCCAGCUUAUUCUUGGCUCCAAAUUUCUCUCCCGAGCCUGAAAGAAUUUUGAAAGGUGGCUUGAGGGUUUGCAAAACACAGGGGGGGAUUUGCAGUAAAAACAAGAUGAAAUGAAAUGGUCUUGGCUUUGCUGUCUAAGUGGAAUUUCGGUCAAAACCUGUGCUAUUUACAGUCUCUUUUGAGGAUUCUGUUGGUUAGGUGCAAAUAACAAUUUUAAAGCCUUUGAUAUUUAGAAAAUGCUCCGCAUAUUAUUUUACAUCUUUCCAGGCACUGAUUGGUGUGACGUUAAAAUAUGAAAUGCUGGUAUGUUUCUAUACUGUGUCCAUAGCUGAGACAUGUAAAUUUUUUAUGUGACUCUGUAA